AUGGCGACAAACAUGUUACUUCAGCCUAGCUUAACAUCAACCUGUCUGUCAUUGGAAGCAGAACAAUUUCUUAAUGAUAAUAGUGGUGCUCCAUCCAUUGAAGGAAUAAUUGGGGGUUUGGAAUCUGGUGGCACUGAGGAACCCUUUGAAGUAACUGGAGAUAUAUUCGAUUUAAUGCAGCAAGUUGAAACAGCGGUAACUCCAACUGCGCAACCCUUAAUGCCACCACCAGGCACACCUGUUUUAAAAAACAGUUGGAUCAGAGGAAAGACUGGCAGAAAUAGAUAUAACUGUUCAGGAACUGAAAGUUAA